AUGCCUAUUCUUCGUUGUCGUCGUUAUGUGCAGCAAAAGUGCAACGACGCGGUCAACUACUUCAUAGCGGGAGCUCCAGCGAGAGAGCAGUCAUUUUACCCCUCCCUGGCACAGCUUAGGCGCAAAGUGCAGGAGCUGUACGAGGACGUCGGGGUGCCACUUGACAUGUUCAACCGGGUGAUGGCGGAGAAUCCCGAGCGCGAGCGCAUCAUGCUGCAGAAGAUGUCGGAGCGCCGUUGCAACAUCUACGCGGUGGUUAAGCCUUACGCGCAUGGCCCUGGUGGCUAUAUCACCGAGAACAAAGUCGCGAUGCUUGCGAGCGAGAACAUUGCGCCAUCGCGUCGCCGCACGCCUGCAGAGUGGCACGCCCACUUUCGGGAUGGAUCCCCGCUGGAGAGGGUGGUGAAUGCGUCGAACAUCGACGUGACUGGCGGGAAUCUGAUGGUGGUGAGAUGCAUCAGCCAUGGGAUGGGAGUGAGUGACGAGGAUCUGGAGUGCGGGGGGUUCUCUGUCUCACUGCCUACUCCUCCUCCUUCCCAAUCUCCCUCCUAUCCCCUCCCCACCACACCAGGGUCCGCGCUGCAGAUGGUGGUGAAUGCGUCGACCACGGGAGUGAGUGACGAGGAUCUGGAGUGCGGGGGCUUCCUGCUCGUGAUCUCAUGCGACGCGCAGGGCCGUGUGACCGGCUUGUGA